GUUGAUUUUUUAGUUAGAUUCGAAGAGUUAGAGCUUUCUCGUUUGACUUUGAUCUGAUUAGUUGAGAAUGUGGAAAUUUUCAUAGGUUUCUCAUUUUGUUUUUUUUCCAUGGAAGAGAAAAAAGUUUAUAAAGGGGAUUUAGUUGUUUCUUCGAGUCCUAAAUCAGUUUCCAGGAGUAGUUGCAGGCAAUUAUCUGCCGUACGGAAUCGUGUAAAUGUUAAGGAUGCAGCAGGUCAUGCAGCGAUAUUUUUGCUCAAAGUUGCUGCGUUAGAAACUGUUAGAAGGGUCUCAAAGGCUAAGUGUCCUUUUUUAUGGCGCGGGUUUCAGGCUCUGCAAGUUAUUUGCUAUCCGCCCUUUAAUCGUGUUCAGAAAUGGGUUCCCAUUAAGGGUUUGAUAAAAGGAAUGCAGACAUUGUCGAGACCGCUAUUGGUACUUUCAAUCGUGACAUCACUUUCUGAUCAAGAAGAGUUAGUUGGUGAAGCCUCAGGAGUUAGCGCUAAUAGUGAUUCUCUGGUGAUCCCAGAAUUGCAUUCUGAGGAACCCUCUUUGCAGCCGGCUUUGGAUGCAAGUAAUGAAGCUUCCCAAAAUCUAGAGUGUGAAAGCUGGUUGGACAAACUCCACAAGGAGCUGGAAAAUCAAGGAAUUAGUUUACUAGAGAGAAUCAAUGAUGAAUAUCUCCGUAGAUUUUAUACAGCUGCAAAUGGUGACUUUGUAGUUUUCCUAUCAUCAAUUAAAAAGACAAUCAGAUGGAGGGAGACAUAUAGACUUCUUUCUCAAGAAGAGCUUGAGACGUGGGCGAACUUGGUAUUCUGGCAUGGAUAUGAUCUCAUGCACCGACCUUGCCUCAUUGUAAGGCUUGGCUUAGCUUGCUCCCGCUUGCCAUCUCAAGACAGACCUCGUUUUGCCCAGGCAGUCAUUUCUCAAGUCGAACAUGGAGUCAUGCAUUUAAUCAAUUCAGAGAAUCCUGAAGUUACAGUUUUAGUGGACUGUGAAGGAUUAUCUCCUUUCAGAAUUCCCAUGCAAAUAAUAAGAUCAUGCUCUUCCCUGUUGCAAGACCACUACCCCAACUGUCUUGGCUGUUUGUUUGUUAUACGACUUCCUCCGGUUGUUCGUGUCAUAGCUCAGACUUUUAUUAAGGUUCUGAAGCCAGUUACUAGGAAAAAGUUAAAGAUUGGAGGAGAAAUGUACCGCAAAGUUCUCCUGGAGAAUCUUCAGACUCUCCCAUCAUAUCUUGGUGGAGAUUGUAGGUGUACAAAAUGUUUAAAUAUUGUCUUUGAUGUCAAGUGUCCUCGCCCUGACCAGUUCAACAAGAUACGUACAAAUGAAGAUGUUAGUGACAGUGAGGAUCUAUCCACACUCGAUCUGAUUUAUCAGGAUGAUAUCGACCAGAGUUGGGGCUGUUUGAGAACUGUCAUAAUAGGCCUGCUCAUGCUGUGGGUUCUUAUAGCUAUCAUGGCAGGAUUAUAUGAUCCUGAAAACCACUUUUUUCCAUCUCAAUGAAAGAGGCGCCUUUUAUUAGAAACCACCCACUUCUUUUCUUGUUCAAGGCCAAGUAUUUUGAUAUUAUUUGAGAGUGCACGCUGUCUCUAUUGUGUUUAAAUCCUUUCUGCGUUAUUGAUGCUGUGUUUAGGAAAACUAGGUUCAUUGCAGCUAGCUACGCAGCUCUAUUUUGUUGUCCAAUAUGUUAUGUAAGGUAAUAAGAUAUUGUCAUAUUCUCAAUGUCAAUUCUCUCUACCAUGAUAUGUUUACUGAACUUUAUGGCCUCGUUUGCUGUAAGAUAUUAAUGAUAUAGAAUGGGAAGUGGUUGCUAAUGAAUU